AUGCUUCAUACCAACAAUACACAGUUCCGUCCUUCCUCCUUCCUUCUGAUGGGGAUCCCAGGACUGGAAGAUGUGCACAUCUGGAUUGGCUUCCCCUUCUUUGCAGUGUAUCUUAUUGCCCUCCUGGGGAACAUCACUAUCCUGUUUGUGAUCCGUAUUGAACACAGCCUCCACCAACCCAUGUUUUACUUCCUGGCCAUGUUGGCUUGCACUGAUCUGGGCUUGUCUACAGCCACCAUCCCCAAGAUGCUGAGCAUUUUCUGGUUCAAUCUCAGGGAGAUUGGGUUCGGUGCCUGUAUCACACAGAUGUACACCAUCCAUAUAUGCACUGGCCUGGAAUCAGUGGUGCUGACAGUCAUGGCCAUAGAUCGCUAUAUUGCCAUCUGCAAUCCCCUGAGAUACAGCAUGAUUCUCACCAACAAGGUCAUAGCCAUUCUGGGCAUAGUCAUCAUAGUCAGGACUUUGGUGUUUGUGACUCCAUUCAUAUUCCUUAUCUUGAGAUUGCCUUUCUGUGGUAUCCGGAUUAUUUCCCAUACCUAUUGUGAACACAUGGGCUUGGCAAAGUUAGCUUGUGCCAAUAUUAGGGUCAAUGUCAUCUAUGGCUUGAUAGCUUUCUCAGUGGGAUAUAUUGACCUUUCUGUGAUUGGAUUUUCCUAUAUCCAAAUUCUUCAAGCAGUCUUCCAUCUCCCAUCCUGGGAUGCCCGGCUCAAGGCACUCAGCACAUGUGGUUCCCACAUCUGUGUCAUGUUAGCCUUCUACCUGCCAGCUCUCUUUUCCUUCAUGACACACCGCUUUGGUCACAAUGUCCCUCAUUACAUACACAUACUUCUGGCCAAUUUGUAUGUGGUUGUUCCCCCUGCCCUUAACCCUGUCAUCUAUGGGGUCAGGACAAAACAGAUAAGAGAACGGGUACUUAGGAUGCUUAACCCUAAAAGCUAUUGA